AUGAACGCUGCUCGGAUUCACGACAAGCAGAAGCUGAUGUCGUUCUGGGAGAGGAAGAUCGUCCAGCACGGCGAGCAGAUGGACGGGGAGGAGGACCGCAGGAGGAGCAGCGCUCUGGAACGGCUGAGGGAGCAGUGGUUAGUCAGGUUGGAUCAGAGGAAUCAGCACCAGCAGAGUUUCUUCGAGGAGCGAAUCAGACGAGCUCAGAAAGCUCAGCAGAGCCUCAGGAGGCUCCAUUCCCCCUGA